GGAAGAGAACAGGGAAGUGACUGCUCUUUUGGGGAGGGAGAAGUUGUUGAGAGCUCACUUAAGAAUGAUUACACCUCUGGCAGUCGACAACACCAGCAUGAAAAGUUAAGAAAUACUGGACCGGAGAGGUGCAACAUGUCUUUGAAUGGCAUUGAAGGGGAUCAAAACAGCCCGAUCAAACAGGACUUGUCAACAAGUCUUCAAGAUUCUAAAAUGAGAAAUUCUUCAAAUGAAACAAGCUUGGGGCACAAGGAGACUCCAUUCAGAAAUGUAACAAUUGAUGCCAAUUUGUGUGAAAGGUACCUCUAUGCUUUUACCAUAAAUGCGAACGACCAAAUGGUAAGGCUUAAAAACCCACAUUGCUUUGCUGGUUCAGUUGAGAACUCUUCUCUGUUUUUCCGAAAGUAUGUCUCUCUAUCCUCGGAUCAGCCAAGCAGAACGCCAACAAUAUUCAGUUUGUUUGAUGGAGAUCUAGUGAAGUGUGACAAGCCGGUAUGUGACUGUCUUCCGCCCGAGCACUCAUAUGCUGGAAUAAUCAAUAUACAUGUUGAAAUGAUACAAAGUGAAGUGCCACCGACUAUUCAGCUACCUAAUAUGCUCAGUUUUCGAGUGCUGAUGGACUUUCGAUCUGGUUCUCACAUGCUGAGGAUCAAUGAAACUCUUCUGAUCCCGGAGACUCGAACAUGUCCAGAAGGUCACGUGUUUGUCCCGCUGUACGACCACUGUGUCGUCACGUGGUAUCCAGGAAAAGAGGAGUUACAACACGAGAGAUGUCGUCAUGGGACAGAACCGGGCAGUGACCACCCUGUGACGUCGGCAUGCCCCAUGCAGAACGCGACCAACGACGGCGAAAAACACGACAUACUACAAGACAUCAACUUCAGCAGCUCCUCUGUGGUCUUACAAAUCUCUUUUUCUCAUAUCGCAGAAGAGAUAAAGAACUGUCUGGGCGAGACCAUAUCUAGCUGCGCCUUUAUGGACAUAGACCAACCUGAACAGCGAGAGUGUCUGUCUAAUUGUGUGUCUGAAUCAAUAUCCUUGGACCGGUCAGCAAAUGAGAUUGGCGGCAGUAAGUACAGCCUUCCCCAUCUGUCUGGAAUAUCCCACUGCAGCAUGGCCUGCCUGCUUGACCGCGCCUUCCUCACCUACACGUGGGUCAGUCUGAGGUCCGGCACUGAGGACCUGGAGGGCGAUACGGUCAGACUGGGAGAUGAGCUGACCACAAGUCUUGACCUCACUUUUGCUGAGAAGUGGAACGCGUCGGUUACAGCAGCUGAGCUGUUUUCGUGCGAUGAACAGAGCUGCUGGAAGAGAGAGUUGUUAUUUCCGGACCCAGGGGCGAGGAACUCGGGUGUCAUCGGUACUUCAGACGUCAGGGGGCAAACAGACAAACAGACGGACAAGCUGACAAAUUACGUGACAGACUUGUUCACUCCAACCGUUGACGUCUGGGGAACCGGUGGUAACAGCAUGAGAGGGUCAAAGAAGAAUAUAACACCUUCGAUGUCCGGAGCGAAAGAAUUCCGGACAACACACCCUGACUCUAAUGGCGCUUCCAGACUCAAUUCUGUUCCAACACCUGGGAAUAAAAAGACGUCAAGAUCGACUGCGAGUGACCGCACACCCCAUUGUGAUGGAGGUGUGACGUCAUGCACUCGUCCCUGUGCAAAUGGGACAUGUCUACGUCUAGAAGUGAAACUGGACGGAAGUGACGCAUUCCAACACUUUCUGGGCUCUUUGGCGGACAUGUUGAAAACUUUCAAGACGUAUGCUAAAGACCACAAUUUUGUCGUAAAGAAUUUCGACGUGUUUAACGUUUGGUCUCGAGAUAAAAUUAACUGUCCUGUUGGCACCUCUGUGGAAUUCAUAGAAAAGGUUUUAUCUCUAAGAAACGGGACGUAUGUUGUCCACGUAUCUGACGAGCAUAAUAAUAUAUCCCUGAACACAGUGGCGUUUCGUUUGUCUGUAAACCAAAGCCAAAUUAUCAGUCUCCUCUCUCGCAAACAGGCCACAGUGAAAGUUGGAAUUUGCCUGAGAAACCCUGUUAACGAGAAGCUGUCUUGUGAGAAGUAUUUACUUUACAACCAAACGGAUUUGGUUCUGAUCAACAGCGUGCUGAUAGUGACGAGAAACCAAGAGGAAGUUCAGAACGUUCUAGACCAGGCCUCCGCGUCUCUUGAACUGAUCCACAAUGCGUCAUCCGAACAAGUCCGCGCUUUCCUGGACAGGGACAUGGAGGCUGGGGACUUUCUCGUCUACGACAGACAUUCAUACAUUCUAACUGACGACGGCGCUGUCGUGUGCUCUCACUACAACGUCACCUAUGACGCAACGGUCAAGUCACGUGUUGUGACGCUCGUGUGGCUCCCAGAGUCCCAGGCAGAACUUCUGGCCACCUGGAUCUCCCUCACUCUGUCCCUGGUCUGUCUAGCCGUUGUCCUUGUAGUCUACGGCGUCCUUCCAGAGUUACGCAACACCCCUGGGAAGAUCCUCAUGUCCUUCUCUGGCAGCCUGAUGACGGGUCAGCUGCUGUUCCUUUUGGCGGGCUUCCCCCGAGGUCUGGCCUGUGUCCUACACGCUGCCCUACUCCACGCCAGCUGGCUCUCCACCUUCGCCUGGUUGACGGCCAUGUCCGGUGACCUGGCCUAUGUUCUGACCGCCCAGAGUCGGGGCCACAUGGGGGUGUGUCGUGGAGUCAAGGCUUUCACUAGGUACAGUCUCGUGUGCUGGGGCGGGCCCGCUAUCUUCACUGGCCUGUGUGUGGCCUUAGACAGCACGAGACUCGUGUCUCUGGGUUAUGGCGCCCACGACCGCUGCUGGCUCGGCAACCUGACCUCGCUACUGGUGACCUUCUGUCUCCCCGCCCUCCUCCUUCUCUCCGCCUCCCUCUCGUGCGCACUGGUCAUCGUGAGAGCCAUCAGGAGAAGCGCCCAGUUCCAGCGAGCUAGCAGAAGCGCGUGCAGGAGGAACCGCUCCCGGAUGUGGCUGUGUGUGAGUCUGAGCGUGCUGCUGGGAGUGAGCUGGCUGCUCUACGUCCCCGCCGUUCUCGUCAACACCACCUUCUUGUGGACACCGCACAUCUUGCUCAGUGGCUCGCAGGGCCUCUACGUCAUCGCAUGCUUCGUCAUGCGCAAACCCGUGAUCCGGAAAUUGUCUGCUCGAUUCUGUUCAAACCGGAAAAACAAAGAGGGGACAGGUCCAAAAGAGAGGCAAAAAUCUGAGUCUGAACCGAGAGGCAAAAGCUCAACUGUGUCCACGACUGAACUCACCAACUACUAAUUUCUCGUACUGCUGUGUGAAUAACGAGGCGGGAGGCAAGGUGCAAGUAGAGGCUUAGAUUUAUAAGGAUUCUUUGAGAUGAGAGUCCUUGUGCUGAUUUAGUUCUUGAGCUAUUAAAGGGGUGCUCUGUCACUGUGCUAGAGACUUUGUGCAUUAUCGGGUAGCUAGUAAAUGUGAUUUGUUUUUCUUAAAUAAAUCUUUUCAAUUGUCUUUAAUAAAGCUAUUAAUUGGUUCUCUCCGUUAAAGCUGUUCUAUUUAGCGUCUUUAAAAUUGUACUGUUUGUGUGUGCUCUUAUGGCCCCAUAGACACAAUUUACCAAAUGUAGAUGAUUUAGAAGAAGGCUUUAUCCCUGCCUCACAAGAACAUACCAGGCUAACAGGAAUACAAUGUCCCAACAGAGAGAUCGAGAGGCUCGAUAUUAAUUUUCUUUCCAUGCAUAAAUUGACCUCGGGUCGGGCUCUUAGACGGGCCGAGUUCCUUUGCGGAGUGCUCUCAUGCGGGGACCACUGUUAUUAAUUAAUUAAUAAAUCGAUAACCAAUUGAAAGAAAUGAAC